UAGGCUACAAACCGAAGGCGGAGCUCUGAAGUGGGGUUGUCUCUGCGCUUCUGUUACAUACGGACUCAAACGUUUCCUUUUCAAGCGAGCGAGCGAGCGAGCAAACAACGGACUGGGAAGUGAAAGGGAAUACAAAAAUGACAACGAACCAGUACGACGUAAUUGUCAUCGGAGCAGGCAUCUCAGGGCUGUCUGCAGCCAAACUUCUAGUGGAGUCAGGCCUGAGCCCUGUGGUUCUGGAGGCUCGGAGCCGUGUAGGAGGAAGAACCCUUACUGUGCGGAACAAGGAGACUAAUUAUGUUGACCUGGGAGGAGCCUACAUCGGCCCCACCCAGAACCGGAUCUUACGGCUAGCCAAGGAGUUUGGGGUGGAAACAUACAAGGUGAACGAAGAGGAGAAACUGGUGCACCAUGUUAAGGGGAAAUCAUAUGCAUUCAAGGGGCCUUUCCCACCCAUGUGGAACCCUCUGGCCUUAAUGGACUACAACAAUUUGUGGAGGAAGAUGGAUGAAAUGGGAAUGGAGAUUCCACGAGAAGCCCCUUGGAAGGCUCCUCAUGCAGAAGAAUGGGAUCAGAUGACCAUGAAGGAGCUCUUUGACAAGAUAUGUUGGACAUGUGGUGCCCGUCGGUUCGCGACCCUCUUUGUCAAUGUGAACGUAACCUCUGAACCGCAUGAGGUCUCUGCUCUCUGGUUCCUGUGGUACGUCAAGCAGUGCGGUGGCACCAUGAGGAUCUUCUCCACCUCCAACGGAGGACAGGAGCGGAAGUUUAAGGGUGGCUCGGGGCAGAUCAGUGAGCACAUGGCCAGGAGGCUUGGAGACAGGGUGAAGCUGGAGAGAGCGGUCUACAGCAUCGACCAGAGUGGAAACAGUGUGGUGGUCAAGACGCUCAACCAAGAGACGUAUCUGGCCAAAUACGUCAUCAUCGCCACAGCACCGUCGCUGAAUCUAAAGAUGCAUUUUAACCCCCCACUACCCCCAAUGAGAAACCAGCUGAUCCACCGUGUUCCUGUUGGCUCCGUCAUCAAGUGCAUGGUCUACUACAAGGAGAACUUCUGGAGGAAAAAAGGUUACUGUGGAAGCAUGGUGAUUGAAGAGGAAGAGUCUCCCAUUGGCCUGACCUUGGAUGACACGAAACCUGAUGGAACCUUUCCUGCAAUCAUGGGUUUCAUCCUCUCCAGAAAAGCCAGGAGGCUAACGUCACUGACUAAGGAUGAAAGGAAAAGGAAGAUCUGUGAGAUCUAUGCCCGGGUCCUGGAGACAGAGGAGGCCUUGCACCCAGUGCAUUAUGAGGAGAAGAACUGGUGUGAAGAACAGUAUUCUGGGGGCUGCUACACAGCAUACUACCCCCCUGGAAUCCUUACACAGUAUGGCAAGGUUCUGCGGGAGCCAUUGGGUAAACUGUACUUUGCGGGUACUGAGACAGCCACUGAGUGGAGCGGGUACAUGGAAGGGGCAGUGCAGGCAGGCGAAAGGGCUGCCCGAGAGAUUCUCUGCACAAUGGGCCGGAUCAGUCAGGCUGAAGUGUGGCAGACAGAGCCUGAGUCGCUGGAUGUCCCAGCACGACCCUUUGUCACCACAUUUUGGGAGAGGAAUCUGCCUUCCGUCCCAGGGUUCCUGAAGCUCAUGGGUCUGUCCUCCUUCCUAUCCGUGGCCACAGUGCUCGGCUUCAUGGCCCACAAAAAAGGCCUCCUUCACCAGAUCUAAAAGCUGCACCCAUCUACCCCAGACCUCCACCAGUACUGCUCUGCCCUCCCCUUACAAUCUCCUAAUCCAGGUUAUAAGGCUGGCUGGGAAGGGGUCAGACUAAGACCGAGGUCCUGCAUAAUCAUAAUAGCCAAAAUAAAAUUAUCACAUUCUCAGCUCCACAAUCUUAAGUCACACUUAGGAUACUGUAAUCAUUGCAAAAGUUACUCAGAAAAGGAAACUUUGUGUCAGUUUGUAGUUCAGAAAUAACAAACCUGCUUACUUGUGCUACUAGGGUUGUUAACAGUAACGUAAGUACAGUUGAGGCCAAAAGUUUACAUACACCUAGGCUAAAGAUAUUCAAACUCAGUUUUUCACUUAGGGCAUCUACUUUGUUCACAUCAGAGGUAAUUUUAAAACAAUCAAUUAGAGACAGAUUUAUUUCAGCUUUAAUUCACUAUAUCAGGAUUCCAGUGGGCCAAACGUUUACAUACACCAAAUUGACUGUCUCUUUAAAUGGUCUGGAAGAUUCCAGAAAUGGAUGUAAUGAAUUUUUAUAAGCUUCCAAUUGGCCAAUUGUCAUAAUUAGGAGUUAAUUGGGAGUUGGCACCUAUGGCUGUAUUUAAGGGCCUACCUUUAGAGCCAGUGCCUUUUUGCCUUUGAUGCCAUGGAAAAAUCCAUGCAACUCAGCCAAGACCUAAGAAAAGAAUUGUGGACCUCCAGAAGUUCAGUUCCUCCUUAUGAACAAUUUCUAAACAACUGAAGGUACCAUGAGCAUCUGUACAAACAAUUGUAUGCACAUAUAACAAACUUGGGACCACAUAGACACUGCAUCUUUCAGGAAGGAGGCACAAAUGAACUCCCAGGGCUGAAUAAACUUUGGUCCAAAAGGUUCAAAUGAACCCCAAGACAGAAACAAAGGAACUGGUGAAGGAGUUGGGUUGGAGGCAUCAGGUACCAAAGUAUCUACAUCCACCAAAAGGCUGUCGGGCAAGGAAGAAGCCCCUAUUCCAAGACCGGCAUUAAAAAAAGCUAGAAUGAAGUUUGCAGGUGAUCACCAGGAUGAAGACAUAGCCAUUUGGAAGAGUGUUCUCUGGUCUGAUGAAACAAAAAUUUAACUGUUUGGCCAUAAUGACCAGCGCUAUGUAUGGAGGAAAAAGGGUGAGGCUUUUAAUCCGAAGAACAUCAUCCCAACUGUGAAGCAUAGGUGUGGCAGCGUCAUGUUGUGGGCGUGUUUAAUUGUAAAAGGGACUGGUGCACUUUAGAAAAUAGAUGGCAUCAUGAGGAAGGAGGAUUAUCUAGAAUUACUGAAGUAACACCUCAACACAUCAGUUAUAAAGUUAAAACUUGGUUGCAACUGGGUCUUCCAGCAUCCUAAGCAUACCUCCAAUGUUGUAACAAAAUGGCGUAAAGACAAAAAGUGAAAGUAUUGGAGUGGCCAUCACAAAGCCCUGACCUGAAUCCCAUAGAAAGUGUGUGGACUGAACUGAAAUAUCGUGUCCGAGCAAGGAGGCCCAUAAACCUGACUGAGUUACACCAGUUCUGUCAGGAGGAAUGGGCAAAAAUUCCGCCAAAGUAUUGUGAGAAGCUUGUGGAAGGCUACCUGUAAGGGAAAAAUGAGAAAUUACUUUUCACAUAUAUUUACUUGCUUUUAUAUAAUCUUAAGAAAUCAUUUCAAUUGCUUUUCUAUCUAACUGAGAAGUAUUGGGAGUGCAUAGCCCCUCCCGCGCGUGUUUCUGUUUUCCACAUAAACCUGUCUCUGUACUGUAUCAUUGUGUUUAGUUACUGUGACAUGUUAGCCUUGAAGAAGUCCUACAAACAAGUCCGUAUCUCAGAAACCCGAUGUGUUUUAACCAAUCAGAGACGAGCUGCAAACCUGCACUACGUGCAGUUUGAGACAGACAGGGUUUGGGAAAAUUCCAGAACCCGCCUUUCACCCACUUUCAACUGUAUAAAAUGAAGGACUUUUCACCUGUUCAGAGAGCGUUCAUACAGACGUGUUGUGGCGCUGUGUGGAUUCUCCUAUUCGGCCGAAUAAAGGUAUCUGAACUGAAUAUUGUGUGUAACUCUGUUGGACUCUUCUCACCGACCGGGGAAAAUUAAGGUAAUUUCCACCACAUACCCCAAGCAUUUGAUUCAAGUUAAGCAAUUAAAAGGUAAUGCCACCGAAUACCAAGAAAGUGUAUGUAAACUUUUGACCCACUGAUAAUAGUACAUAAAAGCUGAAAUAAAUCUCUUAGCUAUUAUUUUGAAAUGACCUCUUAUGGAAAUAAAGUAGAUACCCUAAUUGACUUAACACAGGAAAUGUAUGGUAACAUGGAAUGUGUGGAUUUGUGGAAAAUUGAGUUUGAAUGUCUUUAGCCAAGGUGUAUGUAAACAUUUGGCCUCAACUGUAUGAAAGGGUUUGCACCAAAUGAAUCAAAUGUGCUGAAGUGAACCAAUGAAGGACAAAUAUGAAUAGGCCAGGCCAGACACACUCCAUCCACUACCCGUCAUUUUUUAUACAAACUGCACCUUAAAUCGACCAUUCACGAGCAAUUGUAAUGCACUGCUCACAAGACAUGGUGUGAUCUACCAUUCCAAUCCUAUCCAUUUUAGGUGUUGUGUUCUCUUGUAACUGGAAAGUGAUAACUCCUGAGAAGGGCCACCAGUUUGUCUCCACCAUGUGAUCUGCAGGGGUUUAAAUUUGUUUUUCAAUGGUUAUCCUCUUGGGGACCCCAUAGGCAAUCCAGUGGCACAGUCAAGUGACUAUUCAUACAAGGUAGUUUCUAAUUGAGACAUUUAUGAUUAGUUGAUCUGAUAUGGGGAGAGUCAGGAAGGAAAACAAACAUGAAUGGAAGUUUAAAUGCUAUGAAAUGCAUGCCUUUGAGUCUGCUGGCUUCCGUCGAUACUCAGAACUUGAGUAGCACUGCAAUCGAUCAGUUAAAGCAGUUGAUUUUACAGAUAACUCUGGUCACCUGGUUUCUUGCGUCUGAAUUGGUUGCUGAUAUUAAGGAAAAAAACAAAAGAUUACAUUGAUGCAUGUUACCCCAGCAGUCUUUUCACAUUUUUUGUGCUCAUGCCCACAGAGAUUGAAAGACCAUCCCACAAAAUUUGACGUCUGAACUUCAGAAAGCGGAGAGGGCUGAGAACUUUAAUUCUCCCAGCUGUGCUAGAUAUUUAGCCAAAUUUGAUUGUGGUUCAGUAGGUUAUUAUUCCACAUAGCAGGGUAGAUUGCCUGCAAUGGAUAACAAAAUAUCAGUUUGUUUUGUGACUCAUAUCAACCAGGCACAUUUAGCCAUUUAAGACAGGUUUAUUUAUUUGCUUGUUCAGGAACAUUGCUCAAACAAACAUCACUCUAAGCAAAUAAGCAUGGCAGCUACCAUUUUCUCUGUGUGUGAAUAUGCAUGAUUUAAUUUACUCAACUAACCAUUUUAGCAACAAGUUUGAUUUCAGAUGUUACGGUGGGAAAUAAUUCUUUUUCAAUGUGAGCACUGAACAUUGACAAACAAUAACUCAGAUAUUGUUAUUGUUUGUGAUGCAGUGAACUGGCAACAGAAUAUAGGUUGUUACAGUAUAGCUACAGUAUACAAGGCAAAUUAGUGCUGAAGGUUAUGUUCAGGCAUCACACACAUUGGAAUUCUGGAAUUGCAGUAGUCUAAAUUGUUAUGUUUGUGAGAUGUUUAUUUUGAGCUAAUGUUGCUGAUUACAUAUUAAUACAGUGUCUCGACACAAGUCGCAAGGCCAAGUUCAUGUUUGUACGGGCUGUAGCCUGCUUGAAACUUACAAGAUAUUUUGCAGUGUAAGAUCUCUGAUUGGCUACGGGGAUAUUUGUGGGCUAGGCAAAAUAUAAUGAUUGUGAUAGGGCUAUUUCAUCAAUGGUUGACAUCGACUUUGAUGACAGAGAAGCAGAUAGGCUGCUCCAAUUUUCUUAACACCUCCUCGUUCUGUCUUUCCCAGCACUUGUCUUCUUCCCUUCCCUUUCACAUACUUCUGGGUAGGACACGAGUGGUAGUGGGAGAGUGGAGGAAAGGAGGUGAGGAGCGAAAAGUAAUGGGACGUGCCCUGUGUCUCUGUCAGGCUGAAUUGUGAAAAUGGAAAAAUGAAUGAAGUAAAAAUGGCCUCCAAAGAUGCUUUACAUUGGGGAGGCAAGCUAAAUUUUAAGUCUUAUUUUCAUGGAUGAAGCUAAUGAAAGCAUUUUGAAUGUAUUUACCUGAUAUGCUGUAUUUUAUCAAAAAUAGCACUACACUUGAAUAUGUAUUUAAAUGUAUUUUAUUGUAUUGAUAUAAAAACAUUAAUGUUGGCUCUUUGAAAUUUACUUUUUAAUUAGCAAAUGUGGCAUUGGAAACCAGUUUCAAGUCAUGAAUUUUCUUCAAUUAAUCUCUAAAAGUUUAAUUCAGUAGGAUGAUCUGCCCUCUGAGGAGAUUUCAAGGAUUAGCUUUGCAUUGGUCAGGAGUGGACAUUAGGAUGCAGGGUCAUCUUCUCACCAGUAGAUGGCGCGUCUGGUUUAAUUCUGCCAAAUGGCAUUUCUGCCGCACACCAUUACGUCAUUGGUAUUGCAGAGGAAACAGUGGAAACAAGAGUAUUUGUCCAUGUUGUAUACUUCAGUGCAACACAUACAUGCCUUGCACUUUUAUAUCUGAAGCAUAUAUUGUAUUAGUGAUUUGUUUUAAAUUUUGCAUCAGGUAAUGCUAUCAAGAGAAUAUUGAUAUAUGAAAAGGGAACUUCCAAAAAUGUUAAAAAUUCAGCACUGUCGUCCUGUUGUUGUGCUGUUGUGUUAUCCUCACAAAAAGUCUUCAGAAAUAAAGCUCUUUGACAUAUACUGUA